AUGAAAGCAAGAAAGAAGAACGACAGGUUUAGGGCGCCGCCCUUGAAUAACAAACGAGCGAAAGCUGCUGGCAGCAUCAAACAGAGACACCCCUUGGGCAGAAACGGAAUCAGGCUGCAGCAGCGGCUGCAGCAGCAGCAGCAGCAACAGCAGCAGGAGCAGCAGCAGCAGCAGCAGCAGCAGAAGCAACAGAAGCAGGAGCAGCAGCAUCAACAGCAUCAGCACAAAGAUCGGGUGAAGCAAAGAGAAAUAAAAAGACUCACAACAGAUACAGACAGCCAUUCUGUUGCAACGGAGCAGCAGCAGCAGAAGCAGCAGCAGAAGCAGCAGCACAAGCAGCAUCAGCAAGAACCGCACAAAGUCAAGGCAAAGAAGCGGAAACACAAUCACGAGCACCAACAACAGCAGCAGGAGCAGAAGCAUCACCCGGACGGCGAGCAGCAGCAGCAGCAGCAGCAGAAGCAGCAGAAGCAUCAGCAGCAGCAGCAGCAGCAGCUUUCUCGUUGUGUGUUUGUGCGUAACUUACCUUUUGAUGUAAAUGAAGAAGAGCUUUCUGCUGCUCUGCAGCAAUUCGGUGGGCUGGAAAAAAUAUAUUUAAUUAAAAACGACAGAGGAGAGUGCAAAGGAGCUGCCUUUGCUUACUUUGCUGAUGCUAUUGCAGCACAAAGAGCUGUAGCAGCAUCAGCAGCAUUUAUGCAGCAGAAGGAGUCGCUAUCAACUCGGCAGCAAAAGAGGGUAUCGCGUUUGUUAGCAGCGCAGCACCAGCAGCACCAGCAGCAGCUGCUGCUGCACGACGACCUGCAGCAGCAGCAGCAGCAGCAGUCAGCUGCUGCAUGCGGAGCUUCUCUUGUUUUAAAGGGAAGACAGUUUCAGGUUCUACCGGCUCUCAGCAAAGAAAAAGCAAAAGAUUUGCUGCAGUCAAAACAACAAGAAAGGGCUGCUGAGGGUUUGCGCAAGCGCAGUUUGCAGCUGGCGUUCUGCGGCCUGCCUUCAAAACCUUUUAAGGUUGAGCUCGACCCCCAGCAGCAGCAGCAGCAGCAGCAGCAGCAGGAAACAAAGAAGGUCAAAGCUAAGGAGUGGAAAGCAAAAGCAGCAGCAGCCAUAACCAAAGUAGCCAUCAUACGUGAAAAGCGAGAGAAAACAGACAACAACAAAGACACUCAAAACUCUCCUCGUCGUUCUUUAGGGUUUUGUUUUAUCGAUAUUUGUACACACUUCCCCCAGACGCUGCAGCUGCUGCAUGCAAUACGCGACAGCAAAGGCUUCUUCACCAAACCCAGUGAAGUCCUGCAGCAGCAGCAGCAGCAGCAGCAGCAGCAGAGACGGCCGAUUGUGCAGUUUGCGCUAGAAGACGCUCGGAAGGUUAAAAUCAGGGAAGAGAGAAUUGCUGCAUUUGCUGCACUUUUAAAAGGAAAAGAGACAAAAGAAAGGACGGAAGGAGGCGAUAAACAGAAAAAAACGCUUAAAAAGAAAACAUACAGCAGAGGUAUGUCCAAAUAA